GAUGAGUGGAGGUCAUUUGACCGCUGACCCAUCAUGCAGGCAAUGAGGCAGUGAUCGCUGAGAUCUUGGUUGAAGACAGCAGAGGUGUAUUUAGAGGGGAAAUUGGUUAGGAUGAUAUCUAUGAGGGUGCCCGUGUUUAAGGCUUUGGGGGGGUACCUGGUAGGUUCAUUGAUAAUUUGAGUGAGAUUGAGGCCAUCAAGUUUAGAUUGUAGGAUGGCUGGGGUGUUAAGCAUGUUCCAGUUUAGGUCGCCUAGCAGCACGAGCUCUGAAGAUGGGGGGCAAUCAGUUCACAUAUGGUGUCCAGAGCACAGCUGGGGGCAGAGGUUGGUCUAUAGCAGGCGGCAACGGUGAGAGACUUGUUUUUAGAGAGGUGGAUUUUUAAAAGUAGAAGUUCAAAUUGUUUGGGUACAGACCUGGAUAGUAGGACAGAACUCUGCAGGCUAUCUUUGCAGUAGAUUGCAACACCGCCCCCUUUGGCAGUUCUAUCUUGUCUGAAAAUGUUGUAAUUUGGAAUUCAAAUUUCAGAAUUUUUGGUGGUCUUCCUAAGCUAAUAACCAACGAGUAAUCUAACCUAACAAUUUCACAACAACUACCUUAUACACACAAGUGUAAAGGGAUGAAGAAUAUGUACAUAAAGAUAUAUGAAUGAGUGAUGGUACAGAACGGCAUAGGCAAGAUGUAGUAGAUGGUAUCGAGUGCAGUAUAUACAUAUGAGAUGAGUAAUGUAGGGUAUGUAAACAUAUAAAAGUGGCAUUGUUUAAUGUGGCUAGUGAUACAUGUAUCACAUAAAGAUGGCAAGAUGCAGUAGAUUGUAUAGAGUACAGUAUAUACAUAUGAGAUGGGUAAUGUAGGGUAUGUAAACAUUAUAUUAAGUGGCAUUGUUUAAAGUGGCUAGUGAUACAUUUUUCACAAAUUUUUCCAUUAUUAAAGUGGCUGGAGUUGAGUCAGUAUGUUGGCAGCAGCCACUCAAAGUUAGUGGUGGCUGUUUAACAGUCUGAUGGCCUUGAGAUAGAAGCUGUUUUUCAGUCUCUCGGUCCCUGCUUUGAUGCGCCUGUACUGACCUCGCCUUCUGGAUGAUAUGACGGUGUAAACAUGCCGUGGCUCGGGUGGUUGUUGUCCUUGAUGAUCUUUAUGGCCUUCCUGUGACAUCGGGUGGUGUAGGUGUCCUGGAGGGCAGGUAGUUUGCCCCCGGUGAUGCGUUGUACAGACAAAGGUAUGGUAGGAUGUGGAUACAGUGAGGGUAAACCUGUGCAUAGAGUGACAAUGAAAGAGAUAUUCUCCCUAGAAAUAUCAUUUAAACCAGGUGAUGUCACCGCAUGUGUGGUAGGUGGAACUAAAGUUUUAAAUAAGGUGUAUUGAGCAGGGCUAGAGGCUCUACAGUGAAAUAAGGCAAUAAAUACUAACCAAAACAGCAAUGGACAAGGCAUAUUGACGUUAGCGAGAGGCAUGCGUAGCCGAGUAAUCAUAGGAGUCCAGUGAGCGGCUUCAGGCGGCUUGCGGGCCGGGGCUAGGAAUCUACCAGAAGGGCCUUGGAGGGACGUCGCGACGAAAUAAAGUCUGUUGUGGCACCCUCGUGCUAUUGCAUUGGCAGACAGAUCAGCAGGGCUCUGUGUGGUAAACCAGGCCAAUUGGCAGAAUAGGUAUAGUGGCCAAAUUAUUUGCCCGAUGGGCCUCUUAAGCUAACAGUCCGAUGUGCUCUGGACAGCUAGCAGGCCGCGGGUAGCAUGCUAGUGGAUGGGAUUUCAGGGGACGGUGCGAAGGCGGAGCCAGUUGAUAAAAACCCCAUUGGGCGAGUCACGUCGGUGGUCCAGUCAUGAUGAGUCGGGAAAGCCAGUUGGCAAAAAGAGGUAUUGUAGCCCAAGUAGUGGCUGAUGGACCUCUUUGGAUAGCUGGGAGAUGGGCCUAGUAAAGCUAGCUUCAGGCUAAAGAGUUGAGUCGACACAAAACAGAACAUAUCUGACCUGCAACAGCACAAGGUGCAGUUAGUUACAUCACAUACUGUCCAUCAGCCAUUUAAAUCAUUUAAAAAUUAAACACUCUUUGCCCCUCCCCUUGAAUGUGCUCAUCACUUGAGCAAAAUGUUUUGGUCUUCUGGAGUGGAAUUCACCACAUCACAUCUCACAACCCACAUUUGGUGACAAACACCUAACUGAACGCACAAGAAGACAGACAAACUCAGCAACAACAUGCAUCGUGAAACAAUACUUUUUCUACUGGUUGUGAUCAUAAUGGCAUACCCCUUUACAGGAAACAGCCUCAUGACUGCUGCAUUGGAUCCUAAGCCCACUGAACAGGCCAACCUACCACAGAGGCCUGUCCUUCAGCCCAAAGAGACUGUUCCUGUCACCGGAAACUAUGUGCUGAAAGACCCUACAGGCACGUCGUGCAUCAAACUCUCCAUGGGAGUUGAGUACGUAGUUAUUGAGAAGAAGAAACCUUCCUAUUUCAACUUAGACCCUACCACCACCAAGACUACUGGUAGAUGUGCUGAAAAAGAGUCCGUUCUCUCCCUGGCUUUUCUAGGAAAGGGAGGUGAUCUGAAUCUCACCUUUGAAAAGGAAGGGAACCUGACCUAUGUGUCAAAGAUCACAGGUAAUUUGGCACCAGGCAAAGGAAUUAAAAACUAUUCUGGGGUAAUAGAACAUGAGAAGCUGUUCCCAACUGCCGCUGGCCGCAGCCUCAAAUGCUACUCUCAGACCGAGUUUCAUCUGUCUGAGAACCUUCGAGUGAAGAUUGUGUCUCUUCAGUUCCAAGCUUUCAAACUCACCAAUGGGAAUUUUGGAGAGGAGGUUGAGUGCAGGGCUGAUUUCAUCAAGAAGAUCAUUCCCAUUAUUUGUGGUGCCACGGUUGUGGGGCUCUUGCUGAUUGCUGUCCUGUCAUUCCUGAUAAUCCGGGACCACCACAGACAAGCUGGCUAUGACAGGAUCUGAGAAUGCUUCAUGCAAAAAACAUGAACACUUUUUAUAGCCAUGUUUUGUAUUUCCUAAAUGUUUUUUUAUCCAUUGCCAAUUAGACACUAUUGUUGUUUUUAAAUAUGAAAUAUUUCUGCAAAGAAAAUAUAAAUAACAUUAUUACAGUAAAAAAAUAUGUGAAUGUGGUUAACACUUAUAGGAAAGCUCUGUGUACAUUUUUUAGAAUUUUGAUGUUUGGAGAUUAUAUUCUGGUUUGAAUAGUGCAUACAUUCCCGUGUGGCUUUAUCCAGCUGGAUUGAAAUACAUUAUCAUCAAAUGCA